ACUGGGGUUAAAGUUCAAGGUAGAUUUCGCGCCAAACAGCUGACCAGCUGACCAGGUUAAUGAUUGUUACAUGUGGCUAUAUUUGAGGACAGCGCCUGCACUUCGGCGUGUCUGGUUACGGCCCACUGUAUUUCAGGCUACAAGAGGUCGAGGUGUCAAAGUAUAUUUCAGUAUGGCGGAGGCAAGGCCAAGUUAUGAAGACAUCCAGAAAAUCAGUGACUUCUUGCUGAGUAAAACCAAGCACCGACCCAAGAUUGCAGUGAUUUGUGGCUCUGGCCUGGGUGGCUUGGCUGAUGUAGUAGAGGAUCAAAAUGCCAUUGACUACACCGAGAUCCCAAACUUUCCCAGGAGCACAGUGCCUGGUCACAAAGGGCGGAUGGUGUUUGGUCUGCUGGCUGGGAAGACUGUAGUCUGUAUGCAGGGGCGCUUCCACCCUUAUGAGGGCUACCCACUGUGGAAGGUGGCCCUGCCAGUGCGUGUGUUUAAGCUGAUGGGAAUAGAGACCCUGUUUGUGACUAAUGCGGCCGGAGCGUUGAACAGCAGCUUCAACGUGGGAGACAUCAUGCUGAUGAAGGACCACAUCAGCAUGCCUGGUCUGGCCGGGGACAACCCACUCAAGGGACACAACGAGGACAGGUUUGGUCCGCGUUUCCCAGCCGUCUCGGAUGCGUACAACAGCGAGCUUCGUCAGCUGGCGCGGGACAUCGGGAAGGAGCUGGGGUUUGAGUCGUUCAUGCAGGAGGGCGUGUACGUGCAGGUGGGGGGGCCGUCCUACGAGACCAUCGCCGAGUGUAAACUGCUGCGUAUGCUGGGGGGAGACUGUGUAGGUAUGAGCACUGUCCCUGAGGUCAUUGCUGCAAGGCAUUGUGGGAUACGUGUGUUUGGGAUGUCGCUGGUGACCAACAUGGUGGUGAUGGACUACGACGCGAAGGUGACCGUCAACCACGAGGAGGUCCUCGAGACAGGGAAGCGCCGCGCCCAGGACAUGCAGAAGCUCGUCUCAAAGAUGAUUGGUCAGCUGUAAGCUGGAGAGUAGAGCAAAGAAAUCAAUCUCACCCCAAGUGCUUGUUGAAAAAAAUUUAUACUAGUAUACAGUCAAGUAUGCAAGUCUGUCUCUUGAAUGGUGUGAAUCACACAUUUAAUUCUUUAGGUCUGAGAAGAAGAACAAGAUUACCGAGCAGCUUAUUCCAAAUGUAUCAAAAUAAUGGUGAUUUCAAUAUUUUCUUGCAAUAAAUCUUGCUGUCAUUGUGUCUCUGUAAAAGUACUUGUUCAGUUCUAUCCCUUAGCAUGAAUGGUCAAUUUUCUUCUUACAUGUCAAUUAACAUACUAAUGACGUAGAUUUAAAGAAAAUUUGUCAACAAUUUGUUCUAUGAGUUUCAAAUAAAGAGAUCUAGAGA